AUGGAAGAGUUGAGGGAUUGGCCGGCUCUUUUACCCGACCUACUGGAGGACAUAGUUGGCCGGAUAUCAUCCAUAGAAGAUUUCAUGGCCUCUAGAGGUGUAUGCACUCCUUGGCGCGCCUUUGCCACUAAGGAUAAAUUCCUCUUCUCAUCGCCAACUAUUCCAGUAAUUAUGGUAGCACAACAAGAACAUCAGAUCUCAGACGAUGGCGAUGGAAGUGGAAGAAAGAAGCGGAGAGUUAAAAGCGAUGCCAAUCUUCUGUACCCUUUAUCCCGUGCGCGCAUUAAGCUCCCCAAUGUUCGAGCUUUUUCUGAAUGUAACGCUCUCUGCGUAAUCGCACCUCUUUAUUUUAUCAAAGGAGCAGUAUUGUCGGAGAAUCCAUCAAAGUCAUCCGAUUUUAUACUUGUGGGCGAUUCUCGGUCGUGUGAAUUUGGGUUUCUUUAG